AUGGCGAAGCUGCGAAAUGAGGACCACCUUUCGUAUAAGUAUCCCAUCUUCGCUGCCUUGCUUUCACAUAUCACAACUGACAGAUCACAGAUCCAAAGGCAACCAACAACCUCUGUCGUACCCAAAGCAUACACCAAGCAGUCCACUCCGACGACCGAGCAGCACAGUCCACCACGCACGACAUCCACAACGAUGGUCGCGUUCAAGCCCAUCGCCCUGGCCUUCGCCAGCACUCUUCUGCGCCCAACCCUCGCACAUCCUGAGGGUCCAUACUCACGCUCCUUCGCCGCCAGGAGCAUCCCUAUGAGUGCCGUCAGCACUCUACCACUCAGUACCACCGACAUGGCUGCAGCUACCCCAUCGAUGGUAGACAAGGCAGGGGGUUCCCACACUCCUGAUGUCGUGGUCUCUGCCGCUGCAAGCGCAGACAGAAGCGGUGCUGGCUUCGUCUUCUCGAUCGGCAUCGAUGGUCAACCGACUUCUGUGCUUGUGUCUCAUACUCCGGCGGCGAGUAUGACAUCCGGACGCACCUCUUCCAGCGUGCCACUGCUGGAGAGCACUAUCGAGACGCGGAAGAGUACCUCCACCACCGAGUCGAUCGUUCUCACCAGCUCAGUGUCUACCGAGGCUUUUACGUCUCGACCAUCAUCCGAUGCAUCGUCCUCCUCGCAAGCAUCAUCCUCUAUCAGCGCUCCAGCUUCAGCGUCGCUGAAGACUUCUGUGUCAGCGAGCCGGACAGUCUCGGCGCCUGGCACUUCUUCACCUGACUUCACAAGCACACAUGCGGCUCCGACCACGAUCUCAGUGGAGAAGUCCAGCACGCAGCCCACGACUUUGACUUUGUUGUCGGCUUCUUCCAGCACGGGGCCCGCCACUCUGACUAUCCUGCCGGCUAGCACGCAAUCCAGUGUACUAAGUAUCUUGCCGGCGAAGUCAUCGACCAGGUCGAGCUCGAUUUCUAGCUCCGCGACAAGUUCGGCAUCGCAGUCCUCAAAAGCGGCACCAUCUACCUCUUCCAGAACUUCAACCCUGGUUCCUCUGCCCUCGCAUUCAGCACUUCCAGAGCUCGUGAUCUACCCUGCCCAACUGUCGAAGCAUCCCGACAUCAAACGAAGACGCUACGUCUACAGUCUCGCGUACUCGGUAGCAGCAUCAGCUGCCGAGAAGAUGCUACAAGAUCUCGACGCGAUGCAAGAGUGUAACCAUCUCCACUGGUGCCGUAGCUCUAUCUGGUCUUGGAUCGAUUCAGCAGCACAGCAAGCCAUCAUAAGAAGUAACAUUGCUGAGGACGAAAAGGCUCAGAAGCCAUGCGACGAAGUUUGCAUGACUGAGCAUGCCAUCGAAGGCUCAAGCAGAGCUGCAUUGUACAUGGAGCAAAAGACGUACAAGCUGGUCACGGGAAUGCGACGCCUUACGGAGUAUGAUGAUGUGGACUGGGAGAAGAUACUGCCGCGGGAGGAGGCGGCUGCCCAGUCCAUUAACGAGCAUCUCGAGGUCCUGCAAAAGGGGCCCGUCGUUGAGCAUGAAGAAGUGGUGAAAGCUGUCAAGGCUGCGAAGAAUGGGCCACCGGCGCCUCUUCCGACUCCUCAGCCUGGACAAAGUCCGUGGAAUGGGCAAAAUAGCAAGACGUAUGCCGAGGAGAUGGCCACGAAGGCGCGUGACCUGGUGAAAGGGCUGCCCGAAGUUUCAGAGGAAUCGCUCUCUUCGCUCACUACGGAUACAUCGUUAUAUUCUUCGCUCUCUUCGGAUUCAUCGGUAUAUUUUGAUCCUGUCGGAACACCGUCUGAGGGUCCUGAAAUCGAGACACGAGAAUUCGAUGUUUUUCAUCGAAAGGACCCGCGCGACAUAAAGCAACUCUCGCGUAUGACACGAGCCCUCCGGCAGCUGAGCACCUCGUUCAAGGAGAAGCUCUACAGCAUGAAGGAGAUGUUCAAAAGGGUUUUCGGUCCCAAGCCAACUCCUGGCGGAUCAGGCCCGGUACCAGACCCAGGGCCAGUACCCAGACCACGACCGGCCCCGAAACCAGCCCCAAGACCAGCCCCGAAGCCUGCUCCAAAGCCUGCUCCAAAUCCUGCUCCAAAGCCUGCCCCAAAGCCUGCCCCAAAUCCUGCUCCAAAACCGGGCUCAGACCCGGGGCUACCCAGACCAAAACCACGACCAGGCCGACCAGGCCGACCAGCCCCGAAGCCUGACCCCAAGCCUGACCCCAAGCCUGAUCCCAAGCCCAAGCCAAAGCCUGUUCAAAAUCCAGAUCCAGAAGUGGGCUCUUCUACUAGACCUACCAAAGAUCCACUGAAACCCUCAAAUCCAAGAAAACCGGCCAAUGCUCGUCAAGGUCCCGCUAAGUCGCCAAAACACAUCAAUCCCGGCGACUACGCGGACGAUUUCCAAUGGGGAAACCUCAAGGCAAAGGGCUUCGAUUCUCUAGAGCCACCACCAGCACCUGGAGGCGUGUCCAUUGCCAGAACGUCCGGAGGUAUUCAAAUGGGCGGCUUUGGCGAGCAGACGCUCGAAGGAGGCGAGCCGGUCUCUCAAGAGGGCUUCAACAGUAAGCGCGGAAAUGUUCGUCCUGCCAAUUCCAAGAUUGAUGUCCCAGGCAAAAACGCAGCCGAAUGGGAAGAGGGCACUGUUGCAGCGGAGAACAUGAAUUUCCUCGCAGAGCACGAUCUGGUGAAGGUUUCCCCCGAAGAGAUGGCUCCGAAUGCUGUAGAUGGAAGCAAUAUCAUGGCUAGCGAGGCUUUGCGACCUAGAGACUUGACCAAGGGUAAAGGCAAGGGCAAAGCCAACAUCAAGAGUGUCCCGAUUCAAAAUGCGGCGGGUGGACUCGCGGCCCCUGGUGGUCUGGCAAGUCUGGCUUACGAAGUUGGUGCCACGACGAUACCGGUGCUCGACACCCUUGGCGCACCAUUGAUCACCGGUCUCGAUGCUGCCGGUAAUCAAGUUAUGAUGGGCGUAGUGCCAGGAGUUGAUGGUGCGUACCACUUGCUGGAUGAUGCUGGUAAUGUUGCCAAAGAUGCUGGUAGUCUGGCGUUCCACGCUGCCACUGGACUGUUCAAGUGGCUCUCGCCGCAUCAUGGUGGCGGCAAUGGUGGCGACCCCUACCCAGGUAACGGUCAUGGCGAUCAUCCUAAACACAAGCCUGGCCACCAGUCGGACGAGCACGAAUCAGGACACCACACGGGGAAGCCAAAUUCUACCGCAGCGUCGAUGCACCACUCCAAGGGUCCGCAUUCAGCUCAAUCCACGGCGGAGGCGACGAACGGACACCAGACGAACGGACACCAGACGACUGGACACGGUGCAGGCUCAUCUCAACCGAUGUCUCAGCCAACAAGUGGGUAUCAGGCGACUGGGGGGACUUCAGGCUUGACAACGUCAGCACAGACACAAUCCAGUCCGACCACCACAACAUAUCCACAUGGAACACCCCCCAGUGGAUCUCCCGUAACGCUUCACCACUACAGUUCUCACAUAACACUCCACCACUACACAGGUACAAACAGCCUAGAAACCUACUGGAGACCCCACCCCACCGCCACCCCAACACUAGGCGCAGGCGGCCCCAUCCCCCAUCCCAGCGCCCCACCCCUAACCUGCAACUACCUCGAACACCACCUCCGCGACUACGAAGUCUGGUCGGACCCCAGCAAACCCCCCGGCUGCUCCGCCCCCAUCUUCUACGAAUGCACCCCUGAAUGGAACACCUACGUCGCCUGCACCUUCCCCCAAAACAAAAAAGCCUGCCACAAGCUCCAAAAACACAACCCCGCCACCCACUGCUCCUCCAACCCCGACUCCUCCUCCCUAUCACCCAAAUACCUCCAGAAGCUAGGACCCAAGACGAACCAGCGAGAUUGUACGUGGGAUCGCACGCUGCAGAUGGGGAUGGUGUGGAGUAUGCCGAAUAUGGCGCCGGGGUGCACGCGGCCUGUGCCGUGGGAGUGUACGGCGGAUUGGCAGCGGUGGUUCUAUAAUGGGACGAAUGUGCCGAAGCAUGAGUGGGUGAGGCCGACGUAUUGUUUUGGGAGAGGGGAUUUGGUUGCUGGGCAUGAUAUGGCUAUGGGAAAUGGGUGUGGGUAUGAUUUUGAGGCGCCAGGGUGUAAGGUGAAGUAUUUUGGCUGGGAGGAGAAGGCACAUGCGGCAUGA